UCUCCACAGACCGCUGACUCCUUGUGUGUAGAACUACGCUCUAUACAAGCCGUGUACAAUAAAUAUUUCGGGAGUGGCAUGCAUGUAUACGUUUGACGUACAAUACUGGGCCUACACUUUCAAACCAAGGAUCUUCAAGGAGAUAUCCAUAUGUUUUGGUCAAUCAACACUUAAUAGUAAAACGUUAUUACUUGGGAAUUUCUGGUGGUGCAUGUGAGAAUAUGUCAGCUUAUGGAUGUUCUAGUGCAAGUAUUCCAGGCCCGCUGUGUUUGGUAUGUAAGGGCACGAUCUGAAUGUGAUUGUGUAAAUGACUCGUGACAUUCUAAACGGUCCCGUGUGAGGUAAAUAUUUGAGCCAUUCUUCAUAAAUUAUGCAUGUGAUUGUGAACUAGCAAAAUGGGGAAAUCAUUUCAACAUUUGAACUAUAAUCUGAUUGUGAUGAUAUGUCUGUUGGUGACAAGGGCGUCUGGGGAUACCACUACAGACUCUGAGGCAAUCAUGGGGAGUGACGGUGCGACGACUGCCUUGCCCCAUAACACUUCGUUGGAGGUUACACAAGGUCAAUCGUCGUCUGCUACGGAUUGUACAUUAACCCUCCAAGCAGACAAGAAAGAGGAUUUUGAUGAUAAAAUACGUGAAGUAUUCCAGGAUAAUGCUGUUUUCAUCUAUUUUAAACUGAAAUUUUCGGACCUCCAGAAUGUUUAUGAUAACAGAUCUAACGUGAUUGAUCCAACUACCUGGGUAUGGGCCCUGGAGGGAAAGGGGGAGUUGCUCCUCUCGUAUCCCUUUGACUUUGAACAGCUCUCGCUUGGUACUCUCAGUUUGGGCGUGGUCAAUAUUGAGGUACCUGUAAAUACCCCUGCUGAUGAUUGCUUCCAGGAGGCCACAGAUAAUGAUAAAGAACGUAUUUUUGCUAGCUUCAUAAGUAGUCUCGUUCAAUCUACAAACGACACCUUGAACAUCACCAACAAAGAAUUCUAUGCAGACAAAGGAGCAAUGGUCUGUCUGGAAAAGCAAAGGUCUGAUGAUUUUGACCUUGUUGGGGUAUAUGGCUUUCCUCUCUGUACUUAUUACAUCAUUCAAGGGAGCACACUUUAUGAGUGUUGGGCAGGAGAUGGGAAUCCCUUCGAGAUUGAAUCAACACUUGUUCGUAAACAUGAUUGGCUCGGUGUCAUCCUUGCCCUUGGAUUGAUAAUGGCACUCUUCUCGCCAUUAGCAGGGAGUUUCUUCAUCAGAGGACAAGAGCUUAUCGAGAGAGAUGGAAAGGACUACAUCGCGCUCAAUUCUGACCUUCCUCUUGGACUCAAAUACCUACUAUGCUUUAGCUGUCAAAAGUAUACCGUGGUUGUGGCUGCCCGGUGGUUUAUUUAUGUUGUCGCUUUCAUGAUUAUUCCAUUCAUUCCUUUCAUUGUAUCAUACACCGUGAGCGGCGACGCCUUCGUUUACCGCCUCGAGGUCGCAUAUGAACUCCUGCUUAGCAAAGGUCUUGUCAUCUUCUGGUUCAUCUUCGUGAAUGUAAUGUUCUUAGCCAUAGCCAUGCUCUUCCUUGGUCUCUACUUAUACGACGAUUUGUUUAGUCUUGAAGUAAAGGAUGAAGAUCGAGUUGACUUUGGGCUUGUUAUACCCCUGACAGAGAAUCUCUAUGUCCCAAAGAAACCAAGUUCACCAAAGACAGCAUUUAGCACGUUCAUGUAUACCAUGAAGUAUCGAACCUUUAUGGCCAUUAACCCUGCACUUUGGAGUUAUUGGUUCUCACCAAUAUGGAACUUUACUUAUGGUCUACUAGGAGGAGUCAAUCAAGAGGAAAAUAGAAAUAAAUGUCGCCUUCUUGUCACCUUUCUUAUCUUCAUCAUCAUCUUCCCAUUUGCCCUAAUCUUAUUCUGUUUGGUCCUCCUAUUUAACUCUGUGCCUCUAUUCUACUUGGUGACAUGGGCUGUUGCCAAGUGUAUCAGUAAAAAGCCCAACGCCGUUGAAAUCUUCGCCGCCUUCUCUGCCAUGUUCCUUUCCUUCGCGGUCAUUUUCAUUUUCGUAGCUGCUUUCGUCUAUGUCGCUGAGCUAAUCGGAUACACUUUCAUCGGAUUUGUUUUGAAUUCGGAUUUUGCCGGCCCGGUAGUUGUCGUCAUAAUCACGGUUUUCGGGUACUUAGUCACGGCAGUUACCAAUUUCUAUGACAAAUAUUGUGUUCUUCUAAAGAGAGUUAUUGAGAAAGCUGAGGAGGUAGACAAGCAAAAUUCGAAGAAGCCGUCGGAAAUGCAAGCUCGACCUGUCAGCGAAACUGAAGGUGAAAUGAGCGAUAUAGAAGCAACCGACCAUGAAUCUUUUGAACUUCACCCCAAUGUUGGAGAGGAUGAAGCCGUUGCAACAAACCUUAAGCUCAUCAAAUACGAGAACGGCGUUCCCAUCAUUCCAUUUCAUCUCUUCAAACUUGUUAUUCAAAAGUAUCAGCCAGUGUACCUCGAGGUCGCUGGCAUUGUAUUCCAACUGUUACUCAUCGCCAUCGUCGUCGCUUUCGGACUGACAACGAUCAUUUUCAUUGACGGAGUCAGUGACCUGCCAGCGACUGUAGAGUUCUUCGCAACAGUGGUUGUGGCGGGCGUUGUGCCUGUAUUGAUGUUGAUAUUGAAGUCUCCAGGAAAAUUAGAGAAUGAUGAUGAAGUGAAAGCUCGCCAUCUUGAGACGGACCUUGAAUAUUACUCCCAGAAGGAGACCUUUGAAAAAAUGUUUUUAUAAACCACUGCAAAUAUUGAGUUAUUACGUUAGUGGAGUGGUGUAGGUUGGAUAAUGGAAUUUAAAAAAAAACGAACAUGCCAUGGUCUGUUCGACAAUCGACAGAACGGUUUGAUUGGUAUUAGAAUAUAUUUUCGUCCCACAUUGUUGGGCUCUGUACACAAUAAUUUGAAGAAAAAAAUGAAUUCCAUUAUCCCCACAACGCAAUCACGUUGUCAAAAAGCAACAUCCACACCGACGUUUCUUUUACUAUAUGUAUGAAAGGUUUUUCGAAUGUGUUUAUUUUAAUUGAAAGUUUAUUUCCUGUUUAUAACAUGUAUCAUUUCUUAUGUAUUUGAUAUUCUUUAACGACUGAAAUUUUAUUUUAAAUGAUCAUUUCGUCUGAUUUCAUUAUCAUGUUUUUGUGCACGUUUGCUGAAAAGUGGAGGCUGCCCCCCCCCCCUCCUGUACACUUUGCUUGUUAUGCGCAUCUGUCGUUUUAUCGUACCGUUUCUCUUUUUUUUUUUACUAUAUAUGUAGAUUCAUUAUUAACUUUAGCCAGCACACCUGUGCGCUUUGAAAUACCCAUAUAAAGUGCCCUAUAAAUGUUAGCUUUAUUAUUUAUUAAUGUGUAUGUUUUUGUGUGUAAUGCAGUACUACAUGUAUAUCAUUUCCAUAAUAUUGCAUUCCACUGUCUUGUAAUACUCUUCCAAGUAAAUCACAUUAAAAAAGUGAUGAAAAAAUACUGAAUAAUUAUUGCAGUAUGAAACACGACUCUGUAUGCAAAGGGGGAUAAGAGUACAUAAGGUAGAGAUUCGAAGAUUAAGACCCUGUUAAAUACUUGUUUUGUUGGGCUAGGCUUACUUUGAAACCAGAUAUCAUACAGUACUUGUUGCUAUGUUGGGUAAGGCUUACUUGGAAACCUGAUAUCAAACAGUACUUGUUGCUAUGUUGGGGUAAGGCUUACUUGGAACCCAGAUAUCAUACAGUACUUGUUGCUAUGUUGGGUAAGGCUUACUUGGAAACCGGAUAUCAUACAGUACUUGUUGCUAUGUUGGGUAAGGCUUACUUGGAAACCAGAUAUCAUACAGUACUUGUUGCUAUGUUGGGUAAGGCUUACUUGGAACCAGAUUUUGUACAGUAUGUACUUGUUGUUUUGUUGGGCUAGGCUUACUUGGAAACCAGAUUUCGUACAGUACUUGAUGCUAUGUUGGGUAAGGCUUACUAGGAAACCAGAUUUCGUACAGUACUUGAUGCUAUGUUGGGUAAGGCUAACUUGGAAACCAGAUUUCGGACAGUACUUGUUACUAUGUUGGGUUAGGCUUACUAGGAAACCAGAUUUCGUACAGUACUUGUUGCUAUGUUGGGUAAGGCUUACUUGGAAACCAGAUUUGUAGAGUACUUGUUGCUAUGUUGGGUUAGGCUUACUUGGAAACCAGAUUUGUAGAGUACUUGUUGCUAUGUUGGGUUAGGCUUACUUGGAAACCAGAUUUGUAGAGUACUUGAUGCUAUGUUGGGUUAGGCUUACUUGGAAACCAGAUUUCGUACAGUACUUGUUACUAUGUUGGUCUAGGCUUACUUGGAAACCAUAUUUGUAAAGUACUUGAUGCUAUGUUGGGUUAGGCUUACUUGGAAACCAGAUUUCGUACAUUACUUGAUGCUUUGUUGGGUUAGGCUUGCUUGGAAACCAGAUUUCGACUUAUGGACAUGAUUGAGGGUCAAGUUAAUAACUUAUUUGAUAUUAAAUAACAUUGGAUAAUUUGGAUUCAAACCCUCUUGUUUCGGAGGCCCUAUGUACAUCGAUUAAAA